AAUUGGUGCACAGAGAAGCGGGUGGGACUGAGAAUCCUGGAGGGAGUGCUGAAGGCUACUGCUGCAGAAGGGGCGUGGGGGGCUGGGGAGUCCCGAGCCAUGGCUCAGAGCAGAGACGGCGGGAACCCAUUCGCCGAGUCCGGCGAGCUUGACAAUCCCUUUCAGGACCCAGCUGUGAUCCAGCACCGACCCAGCCAGCAGUAUGCCACCCUUGAUGUCUACAACCCUUUUGAGAAUCGGGAGCCCCCACCAGCCUAUGAGCCUCCCACCCCAGCCCCUGCACCACUGCCGCCGCCCUCAGCUCCCUCACAGCCCUCAAGAAAGCUCAGCCCUACAGAACCCAAGAACUAUGGCUCCUAUAGCACUCAGGCCUCAGCUGCAGCAGCCACAGCUGAGCUGCUAAAGAAACAAGAGGAGCUCAACCGGAAGGCAGAGGAGUUGGACCGCCGGGAGCGAGAGCUGCAGCAUGUUGCCCUGGGUGGCACAGGCACUCGACAGAACAAUUGGCCCCCUCUACCUUCUUUUUGCCCAGUUCAGCCCUGCUUUUUCCAGGACAUCUCCAUGGAGAUCCCCCAAGAAUUUCAGAAGACAGUAUCUACCAUGUACUACCUCUGGAUGUGCAGCACUCUGGCUCUUCUCCUGAAUUUUCUUGCCUGCCUGGCCAGCUUCUGUGUGGAAACCAACAAUGGUUCAGGCUUUGGGCUGUCUCUGCUCUGGGUCCUCCUUUUCACUCCCUGCUCCUUUGUUUGCUGGUACCGCCCCAUGUAUAAGGCUUUCCGGAGUGACAGUUCAUUCAAUUUCUUCGUUUUUUUCUUCAUUUUCUUCGUCCAGGAUGUGUUCUUUGUCCUCCAGGCCAUUGGCAUCCCAGGGUGGGGCUUCAGUGGCUGGAUUUCUGCUGUGGUGGUGGUGAAAGCCAACACAGCUGUAGCUGUGCUCAUGCUGCUGGUUGCCCUGCUCUUCACCGGCAUUGCCGUGCUGGGAAUUGUGAUGCUGAAGCGGAUCCACUCCCUGUAUCGGCGAACAGGUGCCAGCUUUCAAAAGGCCCAGCAAGAAUUUGCUGCUGGUGUCUUCUCCAACCCUGCAGUUCGAACUGCUGCUGCCAAUGCAGCUGCUGGGGCUGCUGAAAAUGCAUUCCGGGCCCCAUGAUCCUUCCUGGGAUGCCCUGGCCCUGCCACCCAAGGGAGCUAACAGAGCCCCUAUCCCUGAAGUCUCAAGAGUUGGGGGUUUCACUACUUGAUGACUUGUGUCUAUAUAGGGCUCUUAAUUCCACAGCCAUGACUUUGAACCUGACUUGGAGGUGUGGGAAGCACACUGUGACCCAGUCACUGCUUGUCCUUAUCCCCCAUCUGGCCACACUGCUUCCACCUUUCACAUACCCAAACCCAGCUUCCUUCAGUUGUGCCAAGGAUGUGGCUUCGAUUAUUUAAAUAAAAAAAGGAAAAAAGUGGAACUGGAA